AAUAAGCGCCUAGACUUGACUGAAAGGCCUACGUCGAAAAUAGAAGCUAGAGAGAGCAGAGACUAGAGACCAGAGCAAAAAUGGGGGAUUUGUACGCUUUGGAUUUCGACGGAGUUCUGUGCGAUAGCUGCGGAGAGAGCUAUGCCUCUGCUGCCAAGGCUGCUAAAGUGAUAUGGCCAACGCUAUUCAACGAUGUGGAUUCAAGUUUAGAGGAUUGGGUUGUAGAUCAAAUCCGCAUCGUGCGACCUGUGCUGCAAAACUGGUAUGACAAUCUUCUACUUGUGAGGUUACUUUUGGAAAUGAGGCUUCCUUCUAUAAGGAAGUCGUCAGUUGCAGAAGGGCUCACGGUGGAAGGGAUAGUGGAGAAUUGGUCAGGGUUGAGCAAUCUGAUUUUGAAGGAAUGGGGUGAGGAUAAGGAUGCUCUUGUAAAAUUAUAUUUCCAGGUCAGGGAUGAGUGGAAGGUUCAGGACUUGAAAACUUGGAUUGGUACAAAUAGGAGUGGCUUUGGUUGCAGAUUGUAUCCAGGUGUUGCUGAUGCUCUUAAAUCGGCAACCUCAACCAUUUACAUUGUCACUGGGAAACAGAGCCCAUUUGCUGAGGUAAUACUACAAGAAUUUGCAAAAGAUACAAUACCGCCUGAAAGAAUAUUAGGUGUUGCUAGGUGCAGCCACAAGAUAGAAAUACUGAAGCAGCUUCAAGAGAAAGCAGAACAUCAAGGGCUGAAGCUGCACUUUGUGGAGGAUAGACUCGCAACUCUGAAGGAAGCUAUCACAGAACCUGAAUUGGAUGGAUGGAAUUUGUAUCUAAGUGGUUGGGGGUACAAUACACAGAAAGAGAAAGACGAAGCUGCUACAAUUCCUAGGAUUCAGAUUCUUCAACUUUCUGACUUCAAUACCAAGCUGAAGUAGCUCCUGUUCGUACGUUCAAAUCACUCAAGUUUACUCUUCAUUUGAGGGAUGUUGUGAUUCAUGAUUAUUGCAAAUUACAGUAUAUUUGUAUCUUUUUGAAUGUUAAAUUCAGAAUUAUAUGUAUUAUAUCUAUUUAAAACUGUUGAAAAAAUAAAUUUCAGUUCAUAUGAUAAAAGAGCUUGACUAA